CGCAAGCUUUUAGGGCGCAAGGCGGGGUGUGUGUGUGUGUGUGUGAUUUAUUAGCCUGCAAUCUGGCUUCGCGAGGCUGGGCGAAGGCCUGAUAAGAGCCCUGAAUGGGGUUGAUGUCACCGUGAUGUCAGGCUCGUAGUCUCCAAGAGCCGAACACCAGCAGGCGUCUCUCAAGCAAAGGAAGAGCCGUCUCUCUCUCUCUCCCCCCGUCCACUUCAGUCCUCAGAGGCACGACAGUACCUCCACUGCGCGGCCACUGCGCCUGCCGGCUACUUCCCCGCGACUCAACUUUCCGCUCUGGCUCCGGGUGCUGGCCGCCUCGUAGCCCCCCUCGGCGUCCCGGGCACCCUGCGUUGCGCCGCUUGGCUUUGUCCUCCUGGAGGGGGAAUUUCCACCUCAAGUAGUUCUUUCCAGAAGUGCCAAAAGAAUCCUGGCCUUCUUUUGAAAAUGGCGGCUAUACCCAGGAUACUGCUACUAUGCCUCUGGCUCCUAGCACUUCCCAUUAAUGUGUGCUUGGCUCAAGAGACCCCUCCUGCAGGGUGUGGUAAUGACCUUCAAUCCAUCUACUACAACCUCUGUGACCUGUCGGCAGCCUGGGGCAUCGUGUUGGAGGCGGUGGCUAGUUUUGGUGUUGUGACCAGCUUUGUCCUCACUGUUAUUUUGGUGGCCAGCACACCUUUUGUCCAGGACCACAGGAAGAAAAGUUUAAUAGGGACUCAAGCCUUUUUUUUAUUGGGCACCUUUGGGCUGUUCUGCCUGACGUUUACCUUCAUUGUCAAGCAAUAUUUUUCGACGUGUGCCUCACGACGUUUCCUCUUCGGCGUCCUCUUUGCUAUUUGCUUCUCUUGCCUGGUGGCCCAUUCCCUCAGCCUGAAUUUCCUCGCCCGACGGAACCAUGGUCCCCAGGGGUGGGUUACCUUUGGUGUGGCUUUGCUUCUCGUUUUGGUUGAAGUGAUUAUCAAUGCUGAGUGGCUCAUUAUUACUAUAGUGAGGAACAACACUGCAUCCAAGGACCCCUGUCUAGUGGACAAUGUGGAUUUCGUCAUGGCGCUCAUCUAUGUCAUGUUCUUGCAAAUGGCUAGCUUUGUUGCCACUUGGCCUGUCUUGUGUGGACGGUAUAAGCACUGGAGGAAACAUGCUAUCUUCAUCCUCCUCACCAUUUCACUUUCCAUGGCUAUCUGGGUAGUAUGGAUUGUCAUGUAUGUUUACGGCAACAGGCAGGAGGGUAGCUUAUCUUGGGAUGACCCAACACUGGCCAUUGCUCUCGUCUCCAAUGCCUGUGUCUUUGUCUUCUUUUACAUCAUCCCUGAGAUUUCUCAGUUGAUCAGACCAGGGCCAGAGCAGGCCUAUGAGGAUGAUGUCUACCCUACCAGGGGAGUAGGAUAUGAAACAAUCCUCAAGGAGCAGAAAUCCCAGAGCAUGUUUGUGGAGAACAAAGCCUUCUCGAUGGAUGAACCUUCUACAGCUAAAAAACCCGUGUCACCAUACAGUGGGUACAAUGGCCAGCUACUGACAAGUGUGUACCAGCCCACAGAGAUGGCUCUCAUGCAUAAAGGGCCUACGGAAGGCACCUAUGAUGUUAUCCUCCCACGUGCUACAGCCAACAGCCAAGUGAUGAGCAGUGCCAAUUCCACGCUGCGUGCCGAGGAUGCCUACCUUUCACAGAAUAAGCAACCAGUGUCACAGAAGGAUGGCAAGAGUGGACAGGCCUCGUCUCCAUAUAGCAAGAGCAGGUGGUAACAGCCUACAUCUUGAUUUUGGCAGACCCCAUUCCAAGAGGAGACCGUGCUAACUUUGCCUUUUUGAAGGAGCAUCUGAUGGGGCUAGUCCUCAAUUAACCAUCUGAGAUUCAUCCUGGAAGAUGAGACAAUGUUUUUCGUUUUGUUGCGUGUAUCCCAAGUGCUCUGCUUGGUUCCUGCUAUUGAAAACCUGGGUCAUAGUGCUGGGAUACACCUGCUGUUUUUAAUUCUGGACUGUGGGGCUUCUGUUCUCUUUGGGGCUGUCAUUCAGGUUGUUCUUUAGUGCCACCUCUGCAGUGGCAGCUAGCCAGCACUUUGAGAGCCCCCCCACAUGCAUUUUUUUUAACUCCACAUCUUUGAUGGACCAGGUUGACUCUGUUGUAAGUGUCUGGCCUUCUCCAGAAAUCCCUUGUGUUUAUGCUGUAUGAAUAGGCCUUUGCUGGUACUGACAAGAAGAUAUAUUCUUGGUUGCAAUUCAGCCUCUUGGUGGAUGAUUGGGUGCCUUCCUGCUUUCCGUCUUGUUACCCAUCUCCGCAGCUGAGAAGGAUCCCAUUGCAGUCCUCUUGAUGGAGUUCCUGCCCAUCAUGCUGUGGAGAGACACUGUCAUAUGUAGCAAGAAAUUUUGUACUCUUGACCUGAGCUGUGGCAAGCUAUCUGACAGCUUCCCUGCCUUUGGCCCAAGACCUGGAGCAUGACAAUGUUAUGCUGCUCCCAAAAUCUUUGUUGUCCUCUCACCUGCUGUCUUCUUGACACAAAUUAACGCAGCACAUGACAUCUCAAUACCUGGAGUGUUGUUCAAUGUCAGAGUGGGAAAAGGGGGAGGCUCUUUAUUAUUUAGAAAACAACAUCACAACAACUCGGUGAUGUAGGACCUUGUGCUUUUGGACUAUCCAUGGUUUCCUGAGGGCCAUCUUUUCAACAUGUUGGAUGUCGCAACUAAUGGGGGGGUGUCUAUGAGAGAAAGAGAGAGACCUACUGGUUGUGUAGAGGUUCUGUGAAGAUUAAGGUGGCAAAUCCUUGUUUCUAUGCAUCUUGGGAAUUUUCAGAGCCCUCCCAAAUAUUUGCUAACUCAUCUAUAAAAGUUUCCUGGUUAGUAGCUGUAUCAUCAAAAGGGCCUCUUCCUAGUUCUCUGAUGAGAGUUCAGUGGCCAGUAACAUCCCUCUGUUGCCCACAGUCUUUCUAUGGAUAGGAAACUCUAUGCAGCAGUGCUGACUGACAUAGUGCCUACCUGAUAAAUAGGAUGCUGACCCAAUGAGUAUGCACUGGAGUCAGUAGGGCCUGCCAUUUAUACAAACACGCUGGUCCUAUCUCAGGAGGCACCUUAGCCUUCAAGGCAGCCUACUUUCCCAUGCUCACCACGAUGUGCCAGUUGUUGGACUAUGAGCUAAACAUAGUCUUUAUGUGUCCAGUGUUCCCCCACUUCUCCUCUGUGCAAAUGAGUAGCUGAGCUUGGUCUCAUUAUUGAGAAGAGAGAAAAAAAGGCAGGAAACAACAUUGCUGAUGGGGGGCAGGGCUUGAAGACACUGAAACAAGCUUUGCAGAAAUGGAGUGGGGAAAGUCUGCACGCUCCUAGCAGUGCCUUUUCAUCAGUCCUGUUCUGGCUUCUGAGGCUGGUGUAUGCAGUGCCUUUUGUAAAUGGGCCUUUGUUUUAAGCUCUCCAGGCAGGCAGGUUUUAUACAUUGGGAAGGAAAGGCCACAUCCUGCCUUGAGGCUCUGUCCUGUCUUUUUCUGCUUAGAAAUAGAAAGGGCCAGUUUACAGUCCUCUGAACUGCAGGGAAUUUCUAAGAGGCUUGCACUGAGUCCUGUUUUCUACCCACCCCUUUUGAGAAGUUCUGUGCUUUGCUGGUGUGUAUGUGUAGCAUUUGGGUGGGAAAAAAUCUCUAUAUAGUUAAAGUGUCACAUGAUUUUUUUUUAAUGCUGGGUGUGAGUGAGUUGCAGAAAGAGGUAAAGAAGAAUGCGUGUGAGACAUAUUUUAAUCCUAUUGUUAUUUAAAGGAAGUGUGUUCUUCUAGAGCUGGCUUUAUAGCCCAGUUAUCUGACAAAUAAAUCAAUUUUUUU